AUCUGCUAUUUGGUUUCGCUCUUAAAAAUACCGGCAAAAUGAGGAAGUCCGUGCUUGCGAGUGUGUUGGUUUUCUUUCUUUAUGUGCAUAACACAAAUGGCCUGUACUUUCACAUAGCUGAAACGGAACGAAAAUGUUUCAUCGAGGAAAUUCCCGACGAAACAAUGAUAACUGGAAAGUACAAGACACAGCUGUUUGACCCGCGGACAGGUGGCUUUAUGCAGACAAACCAGGGCAUCGGGAUGCACGUGGAUGUGCGUGACCCCGAGGACAAGCCGAUCCUCUCGAAGGUGUACUCAGCCGAGGGCACCUUCACGUUCACCUCGCACACGCCCGGCGAACACGUCAUCUGCCUCUACUCCAACAGCACCAAGUGGUUCGCUGGCUCGCUGCUGCGGGUGCACCUGGAUAUCUCGGUCGGCGACCAGGCGGUGGACUACGCCAACGUGGCCAAGCGGGAGAAGCUGACUGAGCUGCAGCUGCGCGUCCGCCAGCUGCUGGACCAGGUGGAGCAGAUCAGCAAGGAGCAGAACUACCAGCGCUACCGCGAGGAGCGCUUCCGCACCACCAGCGAGUCGACCAACGGGCGCGUGCUCUGGUGGUCGCUGGCGCAGACCUGCGUGCUGCUCGCCAUGGGCUACUGGCAGAUGCGCCACCUCAAGUCGUUCUUCGAGGCCAAAAAGCUGGUGUAGGCCGGCCGGCCGCGCGGAACGCUCGUGAUAGUGGGGCGCGUGCGCGCGCUCACUCGCGCCACCGCCUCGCCGCCGGUCGCGGCGGCCAGAAGGAACAAACGGCGCGGGACUCGCGCCGCAGGGACGCAGAGGCGCACCGCCAGGCGGCGCUGCAGUCGUGUGACCCGGGACCGGCGGCCGGCCGUGCGGCCCGCGCGCAGCUGAUGCCAUCUGCAGUGCCGAACUGCAGUGCCCGCGUCCGGCCAGCUCCGGUAUGGUUGCUUCGGGUGUGAAUAGCCAAUGGCCAUGGUGAACGGGACAGCUGCGUUUGACGUUGAGCUGGCUGAGAGCCGCGUGGUUGAGUUGUCUCUUUCUGGUGGGUGGUUGCGUUUUCUUGCGUGCUUUCUCCUGGAAAAGUUGCGGAAAUGUGAGCUUACGGCGCUGUCAGCAUCGCUACGUUCGGAAAGCGGCCCGUUCACUUUGUUUGAAAUUUGUGAGCACGCUCCUCUCGAGUCAGCACACUGUCUGUCUGCUGUGCGUGACUACCAUUCGUCAGCUCCCCGUUGCCCUUCGGGUUGUGGCCGUGGAGACGGGCAUGCCGAUUUACGUUUUGCUUGGCUGGCUGGGGUCGCUUGCCAGGCGUUCAGUGCUGGUGAGGUGCCGUUACAAUGAGAAAUGCACUACGUGGUGUUCAGCACUUUUACAUAAUAUAUCGACUCGAAUUCGGAAUCAUC